AUGUCUCACCGAGUCCUCUUAAUCGGCGGUCAUGGCAAGAUAUCACAGCUCGUCACGCCCAUGCUCCUAUCCCGCUCGUGGGCCGUGACAAGUUUGAUCCGCGAUACAGCUCAGGAGUCGACCAUCCUCAAGCUCGGCGCCGACCAACCCGGCAAGCUCGAUGUCCUGGUCAGGAGUCUCGAGGAAGUAAAGAGCGAGGACGAAGCAAAAGAUGUCAUCGACCAAGUCAAGCCAGACUGGGUGAUAUGGAGCGCAGGCGCCGGCGGCAAAGGCGGCCCCAGCCGCACCUUCGCCAUCGACCGCGACGCCGCCUCCCACUUCAUCCGCGCCUCAGCCGCCACACCCGCGGUCAAGAAGUUCAUCAUGAUCUCCUACCUGGGCUCGCGCCGAAACAAAGCCCCCUGGUGGAGCGACGACGAGUGGGCCAACACCCAGAAGACAAACCAGGGCGCGCUGAAGAACUACUUCGAGGCCAAAGUCACGGCGGAUGAAGUGCUCACGGCCUGCGCGCUAAAGAGGGAUGAUUUCAAGGCGGUGGAUCUGAGGCCGGGUAUGCUGACUGAUCAGCCGGCGGGGAAGGUGCAGAUGGGGAAGACGAAGGCAGGGGGAGAUUCGAGUAGGGCGAGUGUGGCGGAGGCGAUUGUCGCGUGUCUUGAGAACGAGGCGGCUAAGGGGUGGUUGGAUAUUUUGGAUGGGGAGGAAGAUAUCAAGGAGGUGGUGGAGAGGUGUGUGAGGGAGGGGGUGGAUUGUGUGGAAGGCGAGGAUUUGGAAAGGAUCAAGCGGUUGGUGUGA